AUAUAUAUAUAUAUAUAUAUAUAUAUAUAUAUAUAUAUACACAUAUGUAUAUAUAAUUAUUGUGAAAAUAGAAAUAUAACAUUACUAUAUUUAUAUAACAGUAAUUGUGUAGCUUUAUAUCGAUAUGGCAUAACGAAGAAACUUAAUGUCAAAAUUUUAUUGAUAUUAUCACACAAUGUUAAACUAGAUUCAAGUGUAAUACGUAGGCAUAUCUUCUUAUUUAUAAAAAAAAAAAAAGAAAAAAGAAAAAAAAAUAAGAAAAUAUUUACUUUUCAUUACAUAAAAAAAAAAAAAAAAAAAAAAAGAAUAUACAUUCUGGUUCACAACCCAGAAUUGAAAAAAUAUAAAAUCCUAGAAUUUUACUUGCAUAACACAUUUGUACAUACACGCUCAUUUCUGAUCCUUUAUAUGAAGAUUGUUUCAAAUAAACAAUACUAACAACUAAUUUUUUUUGCAAAUGUUUAGUACUCCUACUUUCCAAUAUAAGAAUAUGCUAGAAGGAAAAAAAAAUUAUGCAAUAGAAUACAAUAUACCAAUAAUGGUAAUAUAAAACAGGAAGAUUAUAAAUGUUGAAUGUUUUCAAUAUUAUAAAAUAAUAAUGAUUAAUAUAAUUAUUUCUAGGAAAUUUCUAGACAGUCAUUUGUUAAUUGUCUCAAAAAAUGUCAUACAUUUUAUAAUGCUCUUAUCUAUUCUAAUAUUAUUUUAACUUUUGAAUACAUAAAGAGCAGUUAAGAUGAAUUCUAAAUCAUUAUUGUUGCACUCUAAAUAUGUGCCAUGCAAAAAUAAUACAUGCUGGAAGAUGUCACAUAAGCGUAGAAGAAAUCAUUGUUCUGAUUGCAUCUUACAUCGAAUAUCAUUGCAAUUAUGGAUUGUUAGUAAUCAUGUAUUUAUAUUUAAAUGCGUAACUCUGAUAUAUCUUAAUAUCUAAUUCCAUAGGAUAAAUUUUAUGAAAACGAGCUUGAUGAUGAUAGUUCAGAGAUCAAAUUUAUAAAGAAAAAAUUAACUAAAAUAGAUGAAAGAUAUGGAUUUAUGAAAUUUCUUCCUUUGAUGAUAGAAAUAAAACCAAGAAUAACACAAAAUCAUGUAAUAAAGAAAUCUAUAUUAGAAAGAAGGCAACAUCGUAUGUGUUAUGCGAUAUUUGAUGGAACCAGAAAAAGUACAUACAGGGCGGAAUUAUAUAGAUCCGUUUUAAUAGCAAAACCAGAUCAUGCGUGUUUUCAUAACUUUCAAAAAAAUAUUUUAUACAGAAAGACAAUAAUAUUAACAAAUAUUAGUAAUACUUCGACAAAAUUUCAAAUACAGCCUAUAUCUCGUCAUUCUAAGUUUACAGUUAGAAUUCAAAAUAAAAAAUUAGAAACAAAUAUUAUUGCCCCGGGAAUGCAACUCAAAUUAAUUAUUUCUUUUUAUACCGAAGAUUUCUACGAGAAAGAAGAAAUUAUUACUAUAUAUGUUCAACAUGGAAGACCAAUUAAUAUUAAAUUACAAUGUAUUAGAGAUCCUCCUACAUUGAAAAGAAUUAUCAUACCACAUUUACUGUCUGCAGAAUCCGAGAUAAAUAAUUUAUAUUCAACUGAGAGUACUACGGUGUCUAGUUCAUGUAUAACUGAGUAUUCAAAUACUAUCAGAGAGUUUAAUAAAUAUUAUUCUAACAAAAGAUCAUUAAUGAAUGUUGUUAACUCCGACAUGCUUUUUGAAUGUGGAAAAUGUUUUGUUGGUGAACAGGUUGCCUUACAAAUUAGAUUUAAAAAUAUUGGAGCCGAUGGAAAAUUCAUUUUAAUAAGUGAAAUUGAUUGGUACAGCAUGUGUAUAGAAGAUAUCACAGAUAUAAAUAUACUCAGUUUACAAUGCUUUGCUGUAUGGCCAGCAUAUUUUGUUUUGAAAACGCAAGAAGAUAUAUAUAUUCAUACAUAUUUCUUUCCUGAUUCAUAUGGAAUGCAUGUUGAUACAUUCUACAUAGUUACUGACAAUUAUUCUGUUAAAUCCUUUGAAUUAAUCGGCGAUGGUAUUAUGUAUGAACCACAGACUUUUCAAAUUAAUAGCCAAUCGGAAGGGACAUAUUUAUCCUUGGCAAAAAUUGAUAUGGAAUCUGUUGUUCAUUAUGAUCUAAAUAUACAGAGAAAUUUUUUACAAGAAUUUGAAGUUAUAACUAAGAAAAUUUCAAUAACUAAUACCAGUCAAAUGUAUAUGUUUUUUCGUUGGGAAAAAUGUUCAGUAAAAGUUAAAGAAAGAAAUGAAAUCGAGGAUGAGAUCGAAGGUGAAAACGACGAUGAAAACUUUUUGGAUUACUUUUAUAUAAUACCUGAAAGUGGUAUUUUUUUUGCUUCUGUUGAUUUAAAUUUUAACAUAGUAAUUACAAUUCCAUCAAUUAAUUUCCCUAAUGGUCACAUAUAUGGCCUUCUUCAAUUAUAUAUUGAAGAUAUACCUCAAGCUGCUAUAUCAAAGAGCCAUAAAUUAUGGACUAUAGAAAGUCAAACAAAAAGACGUGUUUGCACUACUAAUUCUGUGGAUAUCUUAGUGGCUGAUAUUAAAUUAAUACAAACUUUGUAUUAUGAUGCAUCAUUUAAGAAAUCAGAUGAAUAUAUCGAUAAAGACAUUCUUGAAAUUGAUAUAUCACAAUCGUCGAUAAAAAAAGAUUGGUCAGAUAUAGAUCUAAAUAUAUAUAGUGAUCAAAAAUCUAUAACAAUGCCAGCAUUGAUGAUGGAAGAAUUAUUUUCCGCUCUUGAUAUUAUUGACAUAGAAACAAUAAAAUCAUUUAUUUGUGAACCUAUUAUCAGUCAUGGAGUUCUACGACCAUCUAGAUUAUUUAUUGGAAUCAAAGAAAUGUUUACUGUGAAUAUAAAAAAUAUGACAACCACUUCAGUUUCAUAUAAUUGGGGUAAUCCUAUAGGAUUAGAUUGCUUUAAAUUAAAACUUAUUUUUUGCUGUGAAAGUGAUUGCAUCCCAGCAGGAGUUACAAAAAAUAUACAAAUCAUUUUUUGUCCUAUAGAAGAGGGAUAUGUUGAAUCUUUUUAUAUACCAUGUUAUAUUGAGUAUUCACCAAAAGUUAUAUUUUUACAAGUUGAAUGUGAGAUCAAGUCAUUUUACGUUACCUUUCAUAUACCAUAUUCAGAUGAUACUUUAAGAACAUCUGACAUUUGCUUUGAAUGGCAUACCUCCAAUAUUACUAUUCGGCCUAAUUUAUUGACGCUACAAAGCUCAAUGCUAAAUAAAACUAUUUCUGGAAAAAAUGAUAUUAUUAACAAUUUACAAAAGUAUUCUUUAGAAUCUUUUUAUAUGAAUCAAAGUAUAUAUUAUGAAAAAACAGGAGAAAUUGAUUAUGAGGAAGAUGAAGCAUUUAAUCAAUUAGUGCCUUUUGAUAAAACUAUAUCAAUAUGUCAUCCGGUUACAAUUGAAUUUUUGGAAGUACCUUUAGGAGUUGUUACAAAGAAAACGUUUUUGAUAAAAAAUGAAACUCCUAUUGCAUCAAGCUUUUGGUUGAAAGUAAAUAAUUUUUAUCCAGUUUAUAUAACAGAAAAAGAAAAAAUAAAGAAAGAUAUGAUACAAUCUAUUUAUAAAAUGAUAAUAAAUCAGCAUACAGAAUUAACUCCGUACAAAGACGUCUUUGUAGACAUAUAUGUAUUCGUUGAUACAUGGGGAAUUUAUACAGAUGAAUUGGAAAUAAAUAUCCUCGGAUUACCACCAUAUAUAUUAAGUAUUUGUGUGCAAGUUACAGAAACGCCUAUAUCAUUUCCGAUAUGUGAAAGAACAUCACUAAAAAUACCAAUGUGUAGAUUUGGAAUUCUUUCUGCGAGUUCACAAGAAGAAGUCAGAAAAAUUUUUAUGAAAAAUAAAAGCAGCGUACCAUUAAUGGUACAUGUUGCUUGUUCAGUAAAUGCUAAGCUAAUUGAAGAGAUAAUAGAAACGAAAAAAAAUAUAAGCUCACGAUAUCAACCAGGAUUUUCAAAACGUACAAAUAAUUGGUUUAAUACAGGACAGUUACGUAUUAUAUAUACUGACAACAGUAGUCAGGUACUGAAGUUGCUUUUAAAAAUUUAUUUACCCUUAUUACGAGUUUCUCCAUGUUUGAAUUUUGGACAUGUAUGUAUCGGAGAAGAAAAAAAAUUUAUAUUGGAUGUUGAAAAUUUGUCUGGUAUUAGUUUUAUUAUAUCAAUUAUUUUUCUCUCUAAUUCUCUUUCUCUCUAUGAAUAUAUAGAUAAGUGAUAUUGCAGCUUACAAAUGUAAAAUUGAAAUCAAAAAAACUAAUCUCAAUGAAGAUUUUAAUUAUGAUCCUAUUAUGGGAGAAAUACUUGCUUGUCCUGUUAAUGGCAAACAUACUUUACCAAUUACAGUAUGUUUUAGUCCAAGGUUUGUAAAAUAUUCUAUAUUUUUUUUUUACAAUACAAAUAUAAAUGUACGCAUACAUUAGUAAUUGAUUCAUUAAGUAAGGAAUAUGAUGGAAGAUAAUAUUAGAUAACUUUUGAAUAGGAAUAUUGGACCAUCAAUAGAGAUAUUGAAAAUAAUGUCCACUGUACCAAAUUAUGAAGAAAAAUGUAUACUUUGUGGUGAAGGUGUUUUAGAUGAAAAUUGUCAGACAAAUGAAGCUCAAGAAUGACGAUAAAUUUUAAAAAUCAAAGUAAGGACGCAACUCGCGACUUAAUUUAAUAAAAUUAUUUUAGUUAUA